AUGCAAAUGGAUAAUGAAACUUAUAUGCAACAAACAGAUGAAGCUUAUAUGCAACAAACAUAUGAAGCUUAUAUGCAACAAAUAGAUGAAACUUACAUACAACAAAUAAAUAGCAAAACUUAUAU